AUGGCCUCGCCGGCACUAGAUGCGCAGAUGAAGGCGGAAGAUGCGCCUCCCACAACGACGAAACCAUCGUCGCGACGGGACUACAAGGGCUUUGUGGCGGGCGUGUUUAGCGGCAUCGCAAAGCUGACGGUCGGCCACCCCUUUGACACCAUCAAAGUCCGCCUGCAAACAACCGAAAAAGGCCGGUUCAGCGGGCCCCUCCAAUGCGUCACGCAAACCGUCAAGAAUGAAGGCAUCCGCGGCCUCUACAAGGGCGCAACACCGCCCCUCGUCGGCUGGAUGUUCAUGGACUCCAUCAUGCUCGGCUCCUUGACCGUCUACCGCCGCCUACUGGCCGAGAAUAUCUUCCACGCAUCAUCAUGGACACCGGGCGCCGGAGACGGUGCUGGCCUCGGAUUCACCACCCUCCUUGACGGGCUCAAAUCCUCUCCAACCUCAUCAUCAUCAUCAUCAUCACCAACGUACCUCCCGCCGCUGGGCCACGGCAUCGCGGGCAUCUUUGCCGGCACGACCGUGAGCUUCAUCGCCGCACCAGUCGAACACGUCAAGGCCCGUCUGCAGAUUCAAUAUGCCGCCAACAAGUCGGAGCGCAUGUACUCUGGUCCCAUAGAUUGCUUGCGCAAGAUUUACACCCACCACGGCGUACGCGGUGUCUACCACGGAUUGUGCGCCACCAUUAUUUUUCGAAGCAUGUUCUUCUUCUGGUGGGGCAGCUACGAUGUGAUUUCGAGAUGGAUGAGGCAAAAGACGAAUAUCAGCGCCCCAGCCAUCAACUUCUGGGCGGGUGGUCUGAGCGCGCAGAUGUUCUGGCUGACCAGCUACCCGAGUGAUUUGGUCAAGCAGAGGAUCAUGACAGAUCCGCUGGGAGGAGGCUUGGGAGACGGGGAGAGGAGGUUCCCCAGAUGGAAGAAUGCCGCAGUGGCUGUUUACAGGGAGAGUGGGUGGAGGGGGUACUGGAGAGGGUUUUUGCCGUGCUUCUUGAGGGCGUUUCCGGCGAAUGCCAUGGCGCUGUUGGCAUUUGAGGGGGUUAUGAGGUCGCUGCCCUGA